AUGACUGGUCCCGGUAUUCUGUUCGCAACCGUUGCUGGACUGCUGCUGCUGUUUGGUGACCGACCAGCAAAUGCCGGAGUGGCCGACAAUAGGAUCGACACGUUCGGUAAGCAAAGCGAUGGAAGCUGUGAUUUGCCGGAUGCAUUGCUGAAAGAGAUUCAUGGGUAUCAACCGAUCGUAAAAUCGAUCGCCGACAAGAUAGUGCACGGUAAAUAUGCUGGCCAGACGUGGGACAGUCUGGCGGAGCUGGUCGAUACGUUCGGAGCAAGGGUGGCUGGCAGUGAGCAGCUAGAAAAAGCGAUCGAUUACGUUGUCGAUAAAAUGAAAGCCGAUGGACUGGAAAACGUCCACACGGAGAACGCGUCUGUUCCGCACUGGGUACGUGGUUACGAGAGUGCUGAGUUGGUAAAACCCUUCCACAAGAAUUUGCCGCUACUGGGACUUGGCAGUAGCGUCGGUACGCCUCGCGGAGGCAUUAUCGCUGAAGUGUUGGCCGUAGAAUCGUUCAAAGAGUUCGAAGCCAUACCGGCGGAACAAGUGCGCGGCAAGAUUGUGGUGUUUGCUCCAGUCUGGGAGAGCUACGGCCGUACGGUAGUUUAUCGCAGUCAGGCAGCUUCUGUUGCUUCACGAAAGGGUGCCGUAGCAGCGCUCGUCCGUUCAAUUACCCCGUUCUCGAUAGGGUCACCGCAUACGGGCCAGCAACAUUAUCAGGAUGACGUGAAAAAGAUCCCCGUCGCUUGUGUUACGGUGGAGGACGCCCAGAUGCUGCUCCGAAAGUAUCGGCGAGGUGAGACGAUGGAAAUCCAUCUGGAAAUGGCCGACCGACCGAUGGAACCGGUCAUAUCGAGAAAUACGAUCGGUGAGCUGGUGGGGACCAACUACACCAACACAUCGGUUGUGGUCGUUUCCGGCCACUUGGACAGCUGGGAUGUUGGUGUUGGUGCGAUGGAUGACGGAGGCGGUGCGAUGAUUUCAUGGAAAGCAUUAACGUUUCUGAAGGCGAUGGGACUCCGGCCACGGCGUACCAUUCGUGCCAUCCUAUGGACGGGUGAAGAGGAGGGCCUGUACGGUGGAGCAGCUUACAAGGAGGCACACAAGUCUCAAGAAUCGAAAGAAUUUAAUUUCUUCUUCGAAUCAGACAUCGGCACAUUUGAGCCACGUGGACUCGAUUUUGUCGGCAAUGCUGAUGCCGAAUGUAUUUUUCGGGAAAUUGUGAAACUGAUGGCUCCACUGAACGCGACCGAGUUCGAAACACCCACCGACGGAGGACCGGAUAUCAGUCACUGGACAACGCGUGGUUUCCCGGGAGCGUCUUUGCUGAACAAAAACGACAAAUAUUUCUGGUUCCAUCACUCCGCUGGUGAUACGAUGGCAGUGGAGGAUCCUAAAAAUCUAGAUAAAUGUGUGGCUCUCUGGGCUGCUGCUGCCUACGUUGUGGCUGAUCUAAGCGUUAGCAUGCCUAAGGAUGUGAUGCCUUGA